GGUUACAAAAAUUCCUCUUCUCUUCUUCGCCCUUUCUUCUUUCACCUAUCUGUGUUGCCGAGUGCAGACUCUCCAUAGUCUUAUCUCCGUCGCCGAUCUGCAUCUCGUCGUCGAAUUCGCCAUUUUCCACCGCUGAUUCCGAAUUUUCUGUGUUCUCUCGUCGUCUCUGCCACCGUCACUGUCUCCCGUCGCCGUGUUCCAUUCAGAUAUUGUGGAGAGUCCAAUGGAUCCGCAGACGCAGAACACUUCUUUGCCACGAGUCCAAAAUGUCGAGAAGGGAGUUAGCGAUUUGGAACUAGGUGAAGGAGUGAUGGAAAAACUCGUGAGCCCUUCAGGGGAAGACAUGAACUCGCGAGCUCAGCUAAAUGUCAAGGAUAAUCGGAAGAAUGUAACUACUGGAGUGACAAGUUUUGACUCUCGGAUCACCUUUUACUCUGUCGCUACCUUAGUUGUCAUCACCAUUCUCGUUGGGUCCAUCUUUGUUCUAUGGUUUGACACCCGCAACAUUGGCACCUUGCACAAGUUACUGUAUGUCUUCUUGUCUGCUGCAACCAUUCCAUACAUUGGUUUGCUAUUCAUUUGCUUGUGCAACGAUGUUCCAGUCCCGAGUUAUCGGCUAGGAGCUGAGGGGCGGUUUGGGAUCUACCUAGCUACAAUGGUUGUCAUUUAUUGCAUAUCCUACUGCAUCGAGGACUUUGAUGUGAUGAUGGAAGUGUCAUUUCUGGCGAUUAUGUCUAUAUCAGGAGCGGUUGCAAUCGUUCAACUUCAUUCUCCUGCCGAGGAUUUAAAUUCCAGCCGAACCACAUUCAUACUAGUUCUAGGGACGAUGUCUGCUAUUCUGGGUUGUGUAGCGAAGGAUUCUUGGAUGUCCCUUUCUGGUAGCCUCUGUUUCUUCAUGGUUGUCAUGUGUCUCAUCAAAAUCAACUGCUUGGCUGCUGAUCAUUUUGAAGAACAACAACGAGAACGCCGUCGCCGUCGCCAUCGCCAUCCCGAUUGUAGCAAAGAUGUCGGAGAGUGACGCAGUGGUGACUGCCGGCAAACGUGGAGAAAGAAGUUCAUGGCUUUGUGAGAAGGAGAAGAUAAGAAAUGAAAUGAAAUGGAUACAUAUGUAAUUACCAUUGAAGAGAAAUUAAAGAAUGUUACAGUAACUCAUAGUUAUUUUGUUAAUUCUUUUUCCAUCUAUAGUCAUUUAGCGCA